UGACAUUUCACUCUGAGACAGAACUAACUCUACAUUACAUGCUGUGUAGAGAGAGAAAGUAGAGAGGUAUAGUAAAGAAACAGCUCUCUCUCUCUCUCUUUUUUUUUUCUUUAAAUUAUCACCACUGUUACGCCGGGUUCUUCAAAUGGUGGCUGGAGAUACACCGGAGAUUCUACCUGAAGGAUGGACUUUACAAUUUAAUGCUUUAAAGACAGGUCGGAAAGUUAAGUGCUAUGUGAACUCUGGAACUGGUCAAAAGUUCUUCUCCAGAGAUGAUUUGAUACGCCAUACUAAAGCACGAAACACUCAAGUUGACUGGCCUCAACUGACUAAGAGUCCCAGUGGAAGUCCUUCAAACAAUAACCAGAUGCAUCUUAUAGAGUAUACAAAUGAACGUCCUGAAUGGUUACCUCAUGGCUGGAUUGUGGAGCUGAAAAUUAAAAAUAGUGGUUCUGCAAGGGGAAGAAAAUACAAGUGUUAUGUUGAGCCAUCAACUGGAUACAAAUUCUAUUCCAAGCCAGAAGUGUUUCGACAUCUUGAAACUACAGGGCUGAAAAGUUGCACAUCCAAGCAGAAGGAAGCAGUCGUGAGUAUGCUCCCCACUAACAAGGUUUCUUUGCGAUAUCCUGAUGCUAAGGUUAAGAUUGAGAAGUCUACAGUGGAGGAUUUACCUACAGGGUGGAUAAAGGAGAUCAAAAUUCAAAGGAAGACAAAUGGAAUCAGAAAAGACCCGUAUUACAUAGAUCCGGUAAGUGGAUACGUCUUCCGCUCCAAAAGGGAUGUUCAACGCUAUCUAGAAACUGGAGAAAUUAGUACAUGCAAAAUUCUACCAAGGAGAAGAGACAUUGAUGAUGAAACCUCGCCAUCUUCUGCAGCUAAAAGUCAGAAGCUAGAGCUCCUUGCUACUAGCGGACAGCUUGUUACAGGUCAGGGAUACUCUGAUGGAAACAGCAUAGCAUCUCCAGAAGCUGACUCCUUGAAGGAAAGGGGAGGCAAAACUACAUUUGCUUUAACCACUGUUCCUUUGGCUACCACGACUGAGAUACCUUCACAGAAGAUUCCUAGUGAUAAUUGCACUGAAUCUGAGAAAAAGUCUAAUGCAAACUGGACAGAACCAACAAUUGCUGAAGUUUCCAAGAGAAAUCAAGUCAAAGACGUCAAUGCUGAUGGUGGACCUGGACUUGUAAUUCCUCAAGCUGAUAAGAAGCAAGAGCAGAACCGUGACAGUAGGAUAAAGAGGGACGAAAGCGAGAAAACGCAGAACUGUUUGAGCAAAUCCCGGGGCAAGAAAGGGCUCAACAUGCCUCGCCGGUCUUCAAUGCGACUUGCUGGGAUUGAACCUGAGAUGGUAGCUAACCCAGUGUCCAUUGUGCAAGCAAUCUCUGAAGCUGAUAACAAGCAAGAACAGUACUCUCCUGAGAGUGGGAUAAAGGGGUCCAUUGUGCAACCAAUUUCUGGAGAUGCUAACAAGCAAGAGCAUAACUCUCCUGGUAUAAAGGGGGAAGGAAGCUAUGAAAGAAAAAGUCAGAAUAGUUUCAGUAACUCCGUAAAUAAGGAAGAGCAUAACUUGCCUCAUUGGUCUGCAGAGCAACCUACUAUGAUUGAAACUGAGCCGGUGGCUAACACAAUAUCCAUUGUGCAAGCUCUUCCAAAAAUGAUUAGGUCUUCUAAACGUGAAGCAAUUCUAGCUGUGGGUAUGACUAAAGAUGGAUUGGCAGAUCAAACAAUUGAGCAAAUUAAGAGUGAACCAAGAAAAGAGCUGCUGCUACAUACUUCCACUGCUAAUAGUCCAAUGCUUGGAAGGCCAUCAAACAAGAACCAAAGGUCUGAUACAACCUGCCCUGUACAGCCAAAGGUCAAAGUUUCUGAGAGAAGUCAACACAGCAUGGUUGGUACUGAUGAUGGGCCUGUUUCAACUCCUGAAGUUGAAACCAUGCGAGGACAGAAAUCUCUUGAGAGUGCAUUGGAAUGGAGUGACCUAGGAAGUUCUUGGAAUAGUUUGAGCACAUACAGUUAUAAGAAAGCUUUUAGUUUGCCUCGUCGGUCUUCAAAACGACUUGCAGGUCUUGAACCAGAGCUGGUAGCGAACUCAGAAUUCAGUGGACAAAAUGCAAAAAAAAAAUAUUGUAGAAGUGAAUCCAAUGUUGUCGUAGGUUCGACUCCAGAUGAUUCGGCAAAUAUAGCAUCUCAGCAGAUCAAGGGUGCAACCAGAAUUGAGCUUCCACAUCAUGCUUCGAUUAAUGUCCAUAAUUCAGUACACAGAGGGUCAUUAAACAAGAACCAAGUGUCUCUUCAUGACCAAACUGUUUCCAAGGACCAACCACGGAUGCUGGAAGCCAACAGAAUUAAUGAUGAGAAGUCAGAAUCCAAGCUCGUGCCUCCAUUUGGGGAGUUUUUGUCAGACCCCUGCCUUGAAUUUGCAUUCAAGACUCUUACUGGUGAAAUACCAGUUGAGAUUACGGCCAAUAAUGGGAUGGUUUCGACUCCUACGCCUGAUACUAUAGAUGAGAGGAACUUGCUUAUGGAAAAGAUAGGUAAAAGCGGCGAUGGAAAACCCCUGAUAAAGUCAAGAAACUGCAAAAACGGUAAAAAGCUUCAUUUACUGGAUCAAUCUCUAGAGAUUGAACACAAUUCAAUGGCCAGUACAUUCUCCACUGAUUGUGCUUUUAGAAGUAUAGAUAAAAAGUUGAGUAAAAUCGGAGCUGUUAAGGAUGUGAGUUUGAAAGUUGGAGAAUCACAGCAGCUCAAGGCUGCUCCAGAAGCACAAAGUGCAUAUUAUCAUUCUGCAAAUAACAGGAUAGAGCGUCUCAAUAAGUGCACUAAUAAUGAAGUUGAGAAGAAUAGUGACAAACCUGAGCUGCCGCCUUUUUUUUCUUUUGGGGACUGUUGGUCAGAUCCAUGCUUUGAAUUUGCAUUCAAGACUCUUACAGGUGCAAUACCAGUGGAGGAUAAUUUGCCAGUUCAGAGUUACUUUCAGCAACAGAUUGACACUUCUCAAACCCAAAGAGAGGGUUACUUCCAGCAAGUAGUUGACACUUCUCAGACCCCAAGAGAUGGUAGUUUGGCACUUCCAGAUUUUGGCUUACCCAGUUUUUUUCAAACUGAUAUUUCGGUUCACUUUGAUGCUCCAGACAAGCAACUUGCAACACAAAUGCACGUUCCCCUGAGUAAUCCCUCCUUCAUGCCCUCCGGGAGUGUGAGCUUGCCAAGUUGCAGUAGCAUUGGUUCUCAACAACAGCCACACUUGAAGGAGAAUAAGGGACUGCGUGGAAAAGUGAACUCUUAAAGUAGUCAAGGUACCUCUUAUCCAGUUGGAAGCAUUUCGAGUUUCGGCCAUUAAGUGUAGCUUUUUGCCAACAAUAACCUUUGUGGUUGUUGUAUCUUGGUUUUUGUAAUCUAAUAUCAGUUGUAAUCUUGAAAUCUUUUAGUGAUGUGAAGUAGUUUUCCGGUCCUGAUAGUUUGUUCAAUAGAUGCAGGGGCCAGAAACUUGUGAAAAGCUGUACAACCGUGAUAAACUGUUGUAUUUUCUUCUCUUUUUCUCACCAAUGAAUAUAGUCUUUUUCUUUUUUUCCCAAAA